GGGAAAAUUCAAAGUUGAUUUCAAACGAGGAAAUUCGCGCUGGUUCGGAAGUUUGUGACAUACUUUGCCUCGUUUGAGUGCCGACGCGAGGGAGCGAGCGAGAGAGCGCGAAGGAGGAGGGAGGUGCGGGUGAUGGGGCUGAUUCUUCCCGGCUUUUCCAGGCAUCUCCUCGGGUAUAGUUGCCAGGCUCAUGAGGGAUUGAAAUUCCUGAUCUGCCUGAGGUCCCGUAGCUGGUCUGAUUGAGCUCGCUUCGCCUGGCGCGCGCACGGAGCGAGAGUGUUCGAGAGCAUCGGUCGCCACUUCGCCGUAUUCCGAGAAGGAUUCUUGAGGAUUGAAGGCCAGGGAGAUGGAAUUGGAGUUGGAGUGAAAGGCGCCUGCAUUGUCGUGCGAGAGAGCUCGAGGCGGCCGAUUCGUUCUCGUUCUCGAUUCGUUCUCCUUUCUCGUUCUCCUCAGGCUUAGAUAUGCUCUAGGCACUUCGAAGUCUUCAUCAAGACGCGCUUCCUUACGACAUCUGAGAGGUAGUUUGUUUUGGAGGUUACAGGUGCUGGCAUUCGGUCGAGUUUCCAUCCGUAGACGAGCCCCUCCCUCUGAACUGACUCUCUCCCUGCUAGACGAUUUGCGUUCAGCUUGUUCGUUCGUAGGUUCUGAGAACAUCGUUUCUUCAUCUUGUUUUCAUCUUCUAGGACUCCGCUCGUACCUCCUCACUUUUGCUAGACCUAUGCAACGAGGAGCAGGCAUGCUGUCUUGCUCGCACCUUAUGCCUCCCAGUGCCUGUUAGGCCCACAUCUAUGUCGGAGCUCUAGGCAGUUGUGUUGGAGGGGAGGGAAGCAAGGCAGGAGUGUACAGGGUUUGGAGAAGCAGUCUUCACUGAAGAAUGGCUGAGAUGGAAGGGACACGCCUGCGCAAGAGGUCGAGCGUCGGGGGAACUGGAGUCUCGUCUUCUGCAGGGGGGGUAUUGCACACCUCCGGCUCGGGAGAGGAGAUGAGGCGGACCACGAGGGCGGCUUCAAAGAGAGCAGCCAUCGACGAUGCAGCCCGAGUCGCCUGUCCCGUCUCUGGCGUUCAGCAGGCGAAGAAGCGCGCUGCGUUAGCCAAUCUGUCAAAUCUAGCGAGCAUUCCAACUUCUCGCAAUGCGUCUCCCGUGUCGGAGGUUAACGUGAAGAAGCGCGCAGCUCUGGCUAGCCUCUCCAACCAUUCGAAUGUCCCUGUCACCCGCAAUUUUGCUCCUGGUGGUUCUAAGAGCGGCGCAUCCUCUCUAGGUGGUGUUGGGAAGAUAAAGCAGGCAGCUGCGACCUUAUCGAAGAAAGUCGAAGCUGAGCCUGUUGCAGCAUCCAAGAAAGAAGCGGCACAAGAGAAAGCACCGAGCAAAAUCCCAGCUGUUGUUCUCACUCCCGUAGCGGUGGAGGAUCAGGAGAACGUCCCUCCUCAGCCGAUGAAGAAGUCAUCCGAUCUUCAUGCCGAGUUGAAGCCUGGCACUUUCUCUGGCGCUCCUUCGAUUCCAUGUAGCAAAACCGCGGGUACUCAGAGUAACGCAUCAGUUAUUGCAUCUCUUGAAAGAAAGACAUUGGAAAAUCUGUACAUAUCGAGGAAUACCAAGUCUUUGCAUCAUGAGUUCGGUGGUUGGCCCGCUAGUCAGAACUACACGGACAUCGACGGUGACCUUGGUGAUCCUCAAAUGUGUAGUAUCUAUGCCAUAGAUAUCUAUCAGCAUCUGAGAAUGCAGGAGGUGAAGCGAAGGCCAGCAACGGAGUUCAUGGAGAAUUUACAGCAGGAUAUAAACGCAAGCAUGCGGGGAAUUCUGAUCGACUGGCUCGUGGAGGUUGCUGAGGAAUACAAGUUGGUCCCUGAUACCCUCUACUUGACUGUGGCGUAUAUCGAUCGGUUCCUGUCCAACAAUGUGGUGAAUCGCCAGCGCCUACAGUUGCUGGGCGUCUCUUGCAUGUUGAUCGCGGCGAAGUACGAAGAGAUCUGUGCUCCGCAGGUCGAGGAGUUCUGCUACAUCACUGACAACACCUACGCCCGGGAGGACGUGUUGGAGAUGGAGAGGCGAGUGUUGAGUAACUUGCAUUUUGAGCUGACGACUCCAACAACGAAGAGCUUCCUUCGGCGCUUCAUCCGAGCCGCACAAGCAGGCUACCCAGUUCCUGCGCUUCAACUGGAGUUUCUGGGAAACUACUUAGCUGAAUUGACCCUUGUGGAGUACACUUUCCUGCAUUACUUGCCUUCCCUCGUUGCCGCGUCUGCCGUGUUUGUGGCCAAACUUACUCUCGACUCCGACACCAGUCCGUGGAACUCCACUCUGCAGCAUUAUUCUGGUUACCGGCCCUCUGAACUGCAGGAGUGCGUCAGGGAGAUCCACGAGCUGCAGCUGAACUCCAAAAACUGUACACUGCCAGCGAUCAGGGAAAAGUACAGCCAACACAAGUUCAAAUGCGUGGCGAACUUGACUCCUUCUCCCAAGAUUCCUGCAGAGUACUUCCAGGACUUGGAGAUGUAGGAAGGACCGAGCUUAGCCACCUUCGGCUCCGUGUAAAGGGUCGCGAGGAAGUGAAUCGACUACCUCCAAUUCCGAAUUGUGAAUACGAUCUCAGGUCCUUUUUGCCAAGGCGCGACAGCACUCCUACAUUCUGUAUCAUUCUGAUCCUAGGUUACAAAACUCUAAACAUCGGUCAUGACAAGGCGUUUUCAACAUCUUCGAACAGCCUGGAGAGAAGCAUUGUUUUGGUGUAAUCAGCCGGCCCUGGUGAGAAGUUGCGGUGUUCUGCAAGGGUGUGCGAGGGCGUGCAUCUGCAGGAGCUUCCAUUUCAGGUCAUGCCGGAGUUCGUGCUAGUGGGGAAGAAGGAACGAUUCCUUCAUCAUUCGAGCGAUGAUGGCAAUCACCGAGGGUGCAUAGAGGAACGACCGAUGAGUUUAGAUUGAUUAUCCGAGAGUUAAGAUGACAAACUUUUCCGCAACGAAACAGUUGCGGGCGAUUGUAAAUUUGUAGGGACGGCUAAGUAGCAACUUCUGGUGGCAAGGGGGCGGGCCGUUUAUUGAGCCCGACUCGGCUACCACUCUUGACACGCUCAGGACGGAUGCUCUUGCGGUAGAGCAGAAAUAGUAGACGGACGGAAGGAAAAACUUGCCCAUUCAUUGUUUCGGAUUCUUCGCUACGAGAGUACUGGUGAGACA